AUGCGUUUUCUGGCAGUGUUGACAGCGCUUUUCGCCGUGACCAUAGCAUGCCUGUACAAGAACGAGAAAUACAAAAACGGCGAUACUUGGGUGUGUCCGAUGCAGCGUUUGUCACCCCGCGCAGUUGGCAACCUUAAUAGAGACGGAUCGUGGAACACCAAAGUGAUCGGUUGCCGAACAAGUAAUGGAGUGGUUGUACAGCCAGGACGGACCAUCUCUGAAGGAGACACGACCUACGAAUGCGUCGCGAAAAGGGAUGGUCGAGUCGAGAUCAAAAGAACCUACCAAGUGAGCAAGAAGCAAGUCAGCUGCGAGGGUCAUGCUAUUGGCGAAGUAUGGGUGUCACAACACAACUUCCAUAAGACGUGCACAGAAUCAGGAGCUCGUAUCACAGAAUGCUUGACAGACGCCGGAAUCCCCGUUCCUAUCAAUCAACAUCUAGUCCUAUCGGGAAUCAAGUACACCUGUACCCGUUUCUCAAAUGGAACAGUUGCCAUCAACCGAGAGGGCCUUCCUACACCUAAUGACUUCAAAACCAACUGA